GCGGCCGCCGGGCCGCAGCCAUGGGCAGCGCCGACUCCAAGCUCAACUUCAGGAAGGCGGUGAUCCAGCUCACCACCAAGACCCAGCCCGUGGAGGCAACGGAUGAUGCCUUUUGGGACCAGUUCUGGGCAGACACAGCCACAUCAGUGCAGGAUGUAUUUGCCCUUGUACCAGCUGCAGAGAUCCGAGCGGUGAGAGAAGAAUCACCUUCAAACUUGGCUACUUUGUGUUACAAGGCUGUGGAGAAGCUGGUGCAGGGAGCAGAGAGCGGCUGCCACACGGAGAAGGAGAGGCAGAUUGUCCUGAACUGCUGCCGGCUGCUCACGCGCAUCCUGCCCUACAUCUUCGAGGACCCAGACUGGAGAGGUUUCUUCUGGUCAACUGUCCCUGGCGCUGGCCGAGGAGGGGGGGAUGAAGAUGACGAAAAUGCCCGUCCGCUGGCUGAAUCCUUGCUCCUUGCAGUGGCAGAUCUGCUCUUCUGUCCUGAUUUCACAGUGCAGAGCCACCGGAAGAGCACGGUG